AUGUCUGGUAAAAAUCACAGAGGCGCGGCCGGCCUGAACCCCAAUGCGGAUCCGUUCCCAGUGGGAAUGGCGCUGCCCAGCGGCACGGUAUCCGGCAAUAACUUCAUGGAGAAUAACAACCCGGAAAACUUUCACAUGAUGAAUCCCAUGGAUGUGAACCCCGGCUAUGGAAUGAGCCCGCAGUACGACGGUGGGAACUACAACCGCGGGAGCCGUUAUAACGCGAACUACAACAUGAACUCCCCCCUCCAGCAGGGCGGCUACCACCCGCCCUACGGCCCGCCCCACCCUAACGACCUGCCGUACAGCAACACCCCGAACGUCGGGCGCCCCCCGAUGGCGGGCUCCCACCGCCAUGGGGGAAACCUGCCGAUGAAUAUGAACCUCGGCGGUGGGGGUUACGGCCCCACCGGGGGGGGCGGUGGCGGCCUCAACAUGGGCGGCCUCAUGGAUCGCCCGCAGCCGCAUCAUCUGAUGCAGGGCGGCGGCUACAACGUCGGGCCCCCACAGCCCCCGCAGCAGCCGGGAAUGGGAGGGGGAGGCGGCUACGGGGGCUACCGCGGGAACCUCGCGGGCCACCCGCAAGGAGGGGGGUACGCACCGGAGAUGCUGCGGAACGCGACCCCUUCCCCGGCGAGCGCGCCCCUCCCGCAUCACCGCCAGAAUCAGUCGCAGGCCGGGCACCCGCCACUGACCACGACAAACGCGGCGUUGCGCGUGAAAGAACCCCCGAAGGUGAUCCUCGUAACGGGUUUCCGCAUGACAGGCAAGACGACGAUCGCGAAGAAGGUUGCGGAGUUUCGGGAUUACGAGUACGUUGGGCUCCGUGGCGAGGACGCGGAGGACGUCGAGGUCUCGAACGGAACCAACUCCUCCCGCUUCAUGCCCUUGACCUGCAUCUUAGAGCGGAAGAAAUCUAUCAAAGGCAUCGUGAUCGAUGACGCGCUGAUGCGGAGUAAAUACGAGCCCUACCACGUGAACUACCUCCUUGAGAAGGCGGGUCUUCACAUCGACAUCCUCGUCAUCAUCACCAACGAGCUGAGCGACAUCUUGAAGCGUGGCUUUUCCUUCGAGAGCGCGGCGCAAAAACAGGCCCACCCGGAGAGCUUCGAGUUUGGCGAGAAGGUGGAGGAGGCAAACAAUAGUGAUAAGGGUGCCCCCAUCAUCGUCCUCGACGGAACGGAAUCGCUCGAGGUGUUGGCAAACGAGGUGAUUAAGCAGCUGGUGGAGGUCGAGGCGCGUGGCUUGCCGUCGUUGCGGCUGCCUAAAAUUGAGUUCAUCCGGAAAUCCACGUUGGUGACGGAUCCAAACCUGGUCGAGUCGGUACUCGCCGCCGAGAUCGACGCGCUGGAGCUGAAAACACUGCCGUAUGGGUUUCCCUAUUCGGAGCCAAACUAUUUGUUGGGCUACCUUGAGUUUGUUCGUAACGCGUUGCUGUUUAAGAGCUACUUGGUGGUGCCGUGGAUAUGGGGAGACAAGGUAUCCCUCAUCGGUUAUGACGAUAAGGUGUAUAUCCACCUUCCGUCGUAUAAGAUAAUCUUCCUGAUGCAAGAAGUCCCGGCAGCCCUGCAGGACCUCCUGGCUCGCCUCAAGGAGGAGCAGUCGCAGAAAGACGAUAAGCCUUCCACCGCGAAGACUUGCCUUUUUAGUCUAGAGGCGACCAUGCUGGAUAAUAUCAUUUAUAUAUCGGAUCUGAUGGUGAUGGGUAAGCACUUGGGAAGUAAAAUGCUGCUGCCCAAUCGCAUCGAGUUGCUGAAUGAGUCUCUCGGUAAGCUUCCCGCGGAUGGCACUUUGAGGCUUCUAGAGUACUUCCCAGUGAACAAAAUAAGCAAGUGCAUGGAGAAGUACGCCAACGUCGCACGGGGUAUCCUUUUCGUUAACCCAGACGGUAUGGCCGCUGGUUCCUACGAGAGCCGAAACUUUAUUUAUCCCUGUGAAGACAAGAAAACCGUCAAAAUUCGGAUUUGGGGUGGACACUUGGAAGAGAAUGGCAUGUGGUGCUUUGAUGCGUAUGCCCGCGACAGCGAAGGCGAGGUCCGUGUGACGAAUGCCGACAAUGUGCAAAUCCCCGUCUACAUCCCUGACGCGCAGGUGGGGGAGUUCACGAUCAACGAUGGCAACAUCAUCGAGUGCGUGCUUGAGCAAAAACCCCCUUCACCGACCCCCAAGGGUGGCAAGAAGGGUAGCAAGUCGAAUCCCACAUCCUACUUUGUCUUCCAAAAGCGCUGUAACUGGCAGGUUGGGCCGACCACAUUGUACUACCAGUCGGCGUUUGUCGCGAAACCAAUGUGGGCGAGUAGCUCAUUCCUGGAGACUUGUUCAGCAAUUCCAUAUAAGUCGGUUUGUCUUCCAGCGCAGGGUUAA